AUGGACGAAGACUGUUUCUAUUGGGGAGAAACAUUGGAUAAUCGUGCCGGUCUAGUCCCUUCAAAUUUUGUGCAGAGGGUAUCAGACGAGGAAAUGUCCAAUCUUCUUCAACAGACUUCCCUCCAACAACCCUCAACCUCAAAAACAUUUGUCCCAAUAGAAGAAAAUUUUUGUUGUUCGUCAAUCCCCUCAACAUCAACAAUAACAACAACAACAAAUGCUGCUACACAAAAUAAUAAAAUUUUUAAUUUAAAACAACAAUCUCCACUUGUUAUUAAUAGAGUAGACUCUCCCUCUUUUGUGUUGUCUGUUCCCCAACAUUUAGCGCAAAUUAGACACGAUUUUACAGAAUUAGAGAAACAACAAAAACAUUUGUUGCAACCUGAUUCGGUUUGCCCUUAUCCCCCUACCGACGUUAGCAAAAUUACGGUGCAAGAACUAAAACAUCCAGACAAUCCAAGAAUUCCCUAUCCACGUGAUUUACAAGUAGAAAGACGUCUUUCCCGUUCUUUGCUCAUUUCUUGGUUGCCACCAGAAAGUGGGGGUGGAAUUCCUCUACAUCAACAAACAAUUAGCCAAUAUCAGGCAUUUUUGUUUAUUUUGAAAAAUUAUUUUUCCUUAAAAAAGGUCUGUUCAAAUAACCAAAUAUGUGCAGUUGUGCCCGGUUCUUUCAAGUGCCGUGCCUUGCUAGAAGACUUGGAUUUAGAUAAAUUUGUUAAUGUUUCUGUACGCUCAGUUACUUCGGAUGGGUUAACUAGCCCUGAUGCUGCCUGUACGUUGGCUGUAGGUUCUGGUAUUGUAAACAAUUUAACCCCAACAUCAACACAACUAAGUUGGUAUCCUUCAAACAGCAAUACCGAACAUAUAAUUCUCUUAAAUGCAAUAAAAGUUGGCGUUUGUCCGCCUGCUGUCUUUCAAGUUCAAAUAAACGGCCUUACACCCUCAACAAUUUAUCGUCUCUCUGUUAGAACAAAACAUCCCCGCGCUGUUUUAGAAAAGAGGCCUGUAGAGAGAUGUGUAGACUUUAAAACGUUGCCUAAAAUUGGCCUUCCAGACCCUCCUUUAGAGGUUAGAGCAGAAAAUGGGCCCCAGCCUGGAACUUUGCUUGUCUCUUGGAAACCAAAUUCCUCACAGCCAAGGCCUCCCUCACGUGCAGCAGUUCAAAGCUAUUUAGUCUAUGCAGACGGUCGAUGUAUUGCUGAAAUCCCCGGGUCAACAGCAGAUCAUGUUCUGUUGAGGCUUUCUGAUUUUGCUGAUGACCCUCCAAUGUUUAUUACUGUCAGAACUAAAACUAAAGAAGGAAAUGUUUCUGCUGACUCUAAAGUUGUUCGAGUACCUCGUGGUGGAAAUGGAACGACAAAUGAGAGGGAAGGAGUCGUCAUUAUGCAAAAUAAUUCUUCAUUGCCUUACUACUCUUCAGGUAAAAUAAUAUGUAGGAGAAUUUGCUUUUCUAUAAGUAUUAGACUUCGCUAUACUCCUUGGAGCUGUUAA